GAAGACGAGCCGCGGGCAGCGCUAUUCCCUUACAUCCCCUCUGCUCCGUUAAAAAGCAAGUUAAUUUUUCAUCUCUUUAUGCACAUUCACCACGGAACUGGGCUAAGUGUUAAUACAUUUUCAAUUCUAAAGUAAAGGAAAGUUUUUGAUUUUCGUGUUUUGAAGGUUUCUAGGUCGGAGCAGUGAGUUACCGCCUAGCUGAUGAUAUUUCCAGCGGGCAGCUGUGCAUCCUGUCCUGGAGGAGGUUUGCAGUAACACCGUAGGACUUUGCAACAAACCAGAAGACGGAAAAACUCAUACGGAACUGCAACCUGGACACAUUUCUCUUUCGCAAUCUGCGUUUUAGUCGCUGGACUUUUGCAACUUUUAACCAGAAAUGGUUGGCAGGUUGAACUUGCCAAAUGUAUGUGAAGGAGAUCCACUGGAUAUGAGCUGCAGGGCUGAUAGAGGACUUGACAGCCCGGACUCCGGGUUACCCCCGAGCCCGAGCCCCAGCGCCUGGCUGCUGCCUGUGUGUGCGGAGAAAGCCGGCGGCGUGAGCCCGGUGUCCGAGGACGAGGGAAGGGGCUCCUUGGUUCCAGUUUUACCCACCGGAUCUUUCCAGCAGCUACACCCAUUGUCCUUUGGGGAAGGCAUAGCACUUGAUCCAUUACCGGCAAAGGAAAUAAGAUACACCUCAUCUGUGCACUAUGACUCGGAUCGCCACUUCAUCCAGGGCGUGGCCUUACAGCCCACGGGUCAGGGCCUUGAACACUGCAGUCAGACCAUCAUGGCUGUGCCCCACAGUACCUGGCGCCACUACAAGACACAGCUGGAGUUCCAGCCUCGCCAUCGGCCACAGCACUUCAAUAGCACCACCAUCGUCUACCCCAAGAAAACCAGCGCCCUCUACACUACAGAGCUGAGCUACGACUGCCACCGACUAUCCAAACGUUUCCUCUCCAGUGUGGAGCUGGAGAUGGCUGGACGCAGAGAGCUACCUCAGUGAGGGAGGGAACAGAUGGCUGGGGGGGCACAAGGGUGGUUAUUCCCAUGGUCCCUAUACUGUAGCUCCCCUAAGGCUGGCUGCCAUUGACCUGCUGUGCUUUCUUUUAACAGUUGUGUAGCCUGUUAUCUUUUUAUGCACCCCUCCUAAGCUGUGGACAGGAAGCACCUGUGCUACGGCGUAACAGAUAUCAGAUUAGAGACAAGACAUUGACAAAGUGGAUUGAAUAUCCAACCAGUACAUGUCUUCAUGUUCAUGGAUAUUUCAUUAAAUGCUUCACUUUGUAGCUUGUUGGUUUCCAGAGGCAUAUUUGAUUUGUUUUUACUGGCUGUAGAAUUGACUCAGACUAAGAUGAGGAGACUUUGCACUCAGCAGUCUCUCUCCUAAUGUCAUACAUUUGGUCAGGUAUGCAGAGUGAUUGGUUUUAAAUUUAAAUGGUGAGGCCUGCCUCAGUUCAAAUAAUUUGUUUGCAAUGAAGAGUUCUUUUUAAAACUGCUAACAUGGCUCAAAGAGACUCACAUGCAAGGCAUAGGAAAGGUAAAUGAAAUGUGGAGCUGGAGUAGAUGUGCAUGCUAAGAAAUCACAAAUGUAUCUACACUGUGUUUUGUUUGUUCACAGGGUAUUGUGUGUUUCUGCACAACAUAGACACAAGCUAAGCUCUUCCCAUGCCUUCUCUCUGGUCACUUUGGCUGCAAUUCAUAAUGUAUUAUGUAAAUGUUGGUAGAUUAAGCAAACUUUUUUUGUUUUUGUUGGAAGUACAGAUGUAUGAGUGUGGAGUUUACUGAAAAGUGGAUAUUAUUUUUGAUAUGACUCACUGGCUUACUAGUGAAAAUAACAAGCUGCAUUCCUCUGCCAUCCCUUUCUUUGGCUUGACUUGGAUUGAAAUCGUAUUUAUUCUGUUAGUUUUAGGUUCUGAGUUUUUAUCAGAUGUUUAACGGGUCUCUCCACAGUCAUGACAGGGGAUAUUUUUUGUGAUUCCCUUUUGUGCGUUAUAGAUGUAUCUGUUGAUGCUUAUUUUUUGAUAUUAGUCACUUAUUCAGUGCAAGUUUGAAAUAAAGUGUUUAUCAGUUUAA